ACAUCAGAACGAUCGCAUAGCGCUCGAAAAAACCUCAUAGAUUCGACGAAAAAGAUGAAGCGAUCAACAAAUCGUAAUUCAUUCUCAUCUAAGGAUUCAUUUAAUGGAUUGAAUGCGUUCGCAUCAUCGGAUGGUAAUGAUCGAGUUAAAAAAGACACAAAUAAAAAUAUUUCUUCGGCACAUAAAGAUAGCACAUCAGCAAAACGUAAAACGUUGACGACAAAAGAAAUCGAGGACCUUGCUGCAAACUUAAGGAAACUCGAUUUUGGCAAAGAGAAUUCAGUUAUUGAGCAAUUUAUUUCAAGUAAUUUUAGUGGUGAUGGUAUUGGUGAAAGCGUUGGUCAAAUGCUUGUUCAUUUGUCGAUCGAGGAAAAUCGGCAAGCUAGUAAGACCGUAGCACGUAUAGCUGCGCAGUUGCUAGAGAGCAGUGCAGCUCGUAUAUUUUACCAAGGCACUAUCGCUGCAUUAAUGCAUUAUUUCGAGUGCCGUGAACGUCUUCGAGCGGACCAUUUUCGCAUAUGGAUUGCCUUCCUUAAUUUCGUUUCCGAUUUGUAUACUAAUAUUGGAUACGUUUAUGAGGGCGAAUUGGUCGAUCUUGUAUUUCAAAUAUUUGAUUAUAUGUUAAAAGCACCUGUACUUGACACGCUCAAAAUCGAGGAGUUAGAAAGUUUAAUUGGGUGUUUGCUAAGCGCUGGCUACGAUCUAGAGCGUCAGUGUCCAGAGAAACUUGCAGUAUUAAAGGAUUUAAUUCGUGAUGCUUUUGUUGAGGUUCAAGAACCAUGGGCUCGGAAGAUGAUUCUGCUUUUAUUGGAAUUAGGAGCAAGCGGUUGGAAAUUGCCUCCUGAAGCAAAUGAAUAUUACUUUCAGCACACAAGCUCAUAA